AUGGAAAUUCUCUUGGAUCUUCAGAGGACAGGCUGUUGGCUCAAAGAUUUUCAAGACAGUUCCCAUUCUCUUAUCCACAGUUUGGUCCAAGGAGAGAGCUACACCCCUGUCCACGAAGCCGGUAUGUGUGCCUUCUAUGACGACUGUGGAAAAAACCCAGAGUUGUCCAGUGGCCUCAUCCAACUAUCCAAUGUGUCUUGCUUAUCCAACACUCCAGCACGCAAGCUCUCUGGGGCCCAUUUGCUGCUCUUAAUGCAGGUCUGCCCCAGCCUGUACCAAGGCCCUGAUUCUACUUUUGCCUGCUGUUCCACCAAACAGCUGGUGGCUCUGCAGAAUAGCAUGGCGGUAACCAAGGCCCUUCUCACCCGCUGCCCAGCCUGUUCCGAGAACUUUGUUAACUUGCACUGCCAGAACACUUGUAGCCCCAACCAGAGUGUUUUCAUCAAUGUGACCCGCACCUCUGACAUUGCAGGGACUAACCUCUCCAAGGUGGUGGCCUAUGAGGCUUUCUACACGCAGAGUUUUGCAGAAAAGACCUAUGACUCCUGCAGCAAGGUACAAGUCCCUGCCACUGGCGGCUUGGCUGUAGGUGCUAUGUGUGGUGUAUACGGCUCUGACCUCUGUAAUGCCCAGCGCUGGCUCAAUUUUCAGGGUGACACAGGAAAUGGACUUGCUCCCUUGGAAAUUAUCUUUCAUCUCUUAGAGCCUGGCCGGGUCCCAGGGGAUGGGAUGGAGGCCCUGGAUACAGAAAUACGAGGCUGCAAUGAGACUUGGGGUAAUGAUUCCAGGGUGUGCUCUUGCCAGGACUGUGCCUCGUCCUGUCCAGUCAUUGCUCAGCCUCCCAUGCUGGAUUCAACAUUCCGCAUAGGGAGGAUGCACGGUGGGCUGGUCCUGGUGAUCCUCCUUUGUGCUGCCUUUAUCUCAUUCUUUACUUUCCUUGUGGUUUACUCCUGCCUCAAAAAAAAGGAUGAGAAACCCAAGAAGGACACAAGUUGCUCUGACCGAUUCAGCUACUUUGCCCACAUCGUCCUUGGUGACCUGUUCCAGAGUUGGGGCACAUGGGUGGCUUCCUGGCCAAAGGUGGUUUUGUGUAUCUCCACAGUACUGAUACUGGGACUGGCAAGUGGACUGGUCUUCCUGGAGCUGACCACAGAUCCAGUGGAACUGUGGUCAGCUCCAAAUAGCCAGGCCAGGAGGGAGAAGGAAUUCCAUGACCGCUAUUUUGGGCCUUUCUUCCGCACCAACCAGGUGUUCUUGACAGCUCCUAGCCAGCCUAGCUAUACCUAUGAUUCCCUCCUUCUGGGACCCAAGAAUUUCAGUGGCAUUCUGAACCAGACCUUGCUCCUUCAGCUGCUGGAGCUGCAAGAAGAGCUGAGGCACAUGGAGGUCUGGUCAGAAGAAGAGCAACGCAAUAUCUCUCUACGGGACAUCUGCUACGCACCCCUCCAACCCAAAAACCCCAGCCUGGAGGACUGCUGCAUCAACAGCUUGCUGCAGUACUUCCAAAGCAACCGCACCAACUUCCUACUUACUGCCAACCAGACCCUGAUGGGGCACACAGCUGAGGUGAACUGGAGAGACCAUUUUCUCUACUGUGCCAAUUCCCCACUCACGUUCAAGGAUGGCACAUCCUUGGGUCUGAGCUGCAUGGCUGAUUACGGGGCUCCUGUCUUUCCCUUCCUUGCUGUAGGAGGGUACACGGGGCAGGAUUUUUCUGGUGCUGAGGCUCUUAUCCUGACCUUCUCCUUGAACAACUACCCUGCUGGGGAUCCCCGCCUAGCACAAGCUCAGCUCUGGGAGAGCAGCUUUCUGAAGGUGAUGAGAGACUUCCAGGAACGUACAGCAGGCACCUUUGAAGUCACUUUCAUGGCAGAGCGUUCUCUGGAAGAUGAGAUAAACCGCACCACAGCUGAGGACCUGCCCAUCUUUGCCAUCAGCUACGCCAUUGUCUUCCUGUACAUUGCUCUGGCCCUGGGUAGAUACUCCAGCUGUUCCCAUAUACUGGUGGACUCCAAGGUGACUGUGGGCCUUGGUGGGGUACUGGUGGUGCUGGGAUCUGUUCUCUCCUCAAUGGGCUUCUUCUCCUACUUGGGCAUCCCUUCUUCUAUGGUGAUCAUCCAAGUCGUUCCCUUCCUUGUGCUUGCUGUUGGAGCUGACAACAUCUUCAUUUUCGUUCUUGAGUAUCAGCGGUUGCCACGUCUCCCAGGGGAACAACGGGAGGAGCAUAUUGGACGAGUCUUAGGCAGUGUGGCUCCCAGCAUGCUCCUCUGCAGUCUCUCUGAAGCCAUCUGUUUCUUUUUAGGUGCACUGACCCAGAUGCCAGCUGUGCGUACCUUUGCUCUGACAGCUGGCUUGGCGAUUAUCCUUGAUUUCCUACUACAGAUGUCAGCCUUUGUUGCCUUGCUCUCCUUGGACACCAAGAGAGAAGAGGCCUCCCGCAUGGAUGUCUGUUGCUGUGCCAGCCCUAGGAAAUCGCCUCCCUCACAGCGGGAUGAAAGUUUCCUACUUGGCUUUUUCCGUACAUUUUACGCCCCCUUCUUGCUGCAUGGAUUCAGCCGGAUCAUUGUGCUUGGGCUAUUCAUGGCCCUAUUUGGUGUGAGCCUCUAUUACAUGUGCCAGGUCAAUGUGGGGCUGGAUCAGGAGCUGGCACUACCUGAGGAUUCAUAUCUUCUGAAUUACUUCCACUUCCUUAACCAUUACCUUGAAGUUGGAGUGCCCGUUUAUUUUGUGACCACUUCUGGCUAUAACUUUUCAAGCUUGGAUGGCAUGAAUUCUAUCUGCUCCAGUUCUGGCUGCAAUGCUUACUCCCUCACCCAGAAGAUCCAGUAUGCCACAGAUUUCCCCAAAGAGUCUUAUCUGGCUAUCCCAGCUUCCUCCUGGGUGGAUGACUUCAUUGACUGGCUGUCACCCAUCUCGGAGUGCUGUCGUCUUUAUAGAAACAACACCUUUUGUCCUUCUACUGCAGGUAUCCUUACCUGCUUACGGAAGUGCACAGGUACUUCAAAACCCUCCGAGGAGCAGUUCCACAAGUACCUGCCUUGGUUUUUGGAGGACAAGGCCAAUAUCAAAUGCCCCAAAGGGGGCCUGGGAGCUUAUGAUGGCUCUGUGAAUAUUAGUGCAGAUGGUGAAAUCCUAGCUACCCGGUUUAUGGCUUACCAUACGCCCCUCAAGAAUUCUCAAGAUUACACAGAAGCCCUGCGCACUGCUCGGGAGCUGGCAGUCAACAUUACAGCUGACCUGCGGAAAGUCCCAGGGACUGAUCCUAACUUUGAAGUCUUCCCCUACACAGUCACCUAUGUCUUCUAUGAACAGUACCUGACCAUUGUCCCAGAGGGGCUAUUCAUUCUGAGUCUCUGCCUCAUACCUACAUUUGCUGUCUGCUGCCUCCUGCUUGGGAUGGACCUCCGAUCUGGCUUCCUCAAUCUCUUCUCCAUCAUCAUGAUCCUUGUGGAUACUGUAGGCUUCAUGGCCUUGUGGGGCAUCAGCUAUAAUGCUGUGUCCCUCAUCAAUCUGGUCACGGCUGUGGGUAUCUCAGUGGAGUUUGUUUCCCACAUCACCCGCUCCUUUGCCAUCAGUACCAAGCCCACCCGGCUGGAGAGGGCCAAAGAGGCCACCAUCAUUAUGGGCAGUGCGGUCUUUGCUGGAGUGGCCAUGACCAAUCUCCCUGGCAUCAUCAUUCUGGCCUUUGCCAAGGCCCAACUCAUCCAGAUCUUUUUCUUUCGUCUCAACCUCCUCAUCACCAUCUUUGGCAUGCUGCACGGUCUCAUCUUUCUGCCCGUGCUCCUCAGCUAUUUUGGGCCAGAUGUCAACCCAAUCCUGGUUCAGGCACAACAGCAAACAGAAAAGAACACCACAGCAAGCAAGACAGAGACUGCCAAGACAGCUUCUUGCUCAAAGUCUCCUCCUUCAUUCUAUCCUGACUUGGACUCCUAUACUAAUCAGAAUUUUGAGGCUGAUGUGACCAAAUCUCCCAGUGGCACCAAAGGACUUGAACCAACAACAUCCCUUUGAUGGUGCCAAGAGCUGUCUUGACUGUGACUCUGUCAUUCCGAACUGAAGCAUCUCAUUGAGUCAUAGAAUUAGAGAAUUUUAGUUGGAAGGACUUCAGGGUCCAGCAAGUCUAAGUGGUACCUAGGUAGGAAUCCAGACCAGAACCGCAACAAGUGGUCAUCCAGUUUAUGCUUGAAAAAUAUCAAUGAGAGGGAACCUGCUACCUCAGGAAGCAUAACUUUGCACUUUUCCAUCAUGCUCAUUCUUAGGAAGUUUUUACUUCCUUCUUGCCAAUACCUACCCUGCUGCAUCUUUCACUCACUACUCCUAGUUUUCCAAUUUUGCACCAACCAGAAAACAAGUUUAAUCUCACUUCCACCCCAUGGCCCUUCAAAUACUGGGAGACAACUAUCAUAUCACCCUGAAGUCUCCUCAGUCCCUUCAACUGAUCCCCCUAUGAAAUGGUCUCUAGUCCCCUUACACCUUUUCUCAUUCUCAUGCACCACAGCUGGUCAAUGUCCUUCCUAAAAGGUGGUGCUCAGAACUGAAUACAAUAGUCCAGAUAAAUUAUGGACUGAAUGCCAGGGAACCACCUUCCUUUCUGUGUCUUUCCUAAGGCAGCCAGAUAUCAUGUUGGCCUUUUAUUAUUUUUUUUUCUGCCAUGUAGUUGACUCAUUGAGCUUAUAGUCCAUUAAAAUCUCCAGAUCUUUUCACAGGAAGUGUUGCCUAGGAAUGUCUCUUUCCCCCCAACCCCCUCCUGUAUUUGCACAUGAACCUACAUGUAGAGAACAUUUCCAUGGACAUGGUAUCUGCCUGAUGUGGUUUCCUGAUCUCAGCAAAGCUUCCAGGCUCCUUGAG